AUGACAGACGAUACUGAAUUGACUGAGCAAUAUAACAAAUUGAAAGAUAUUUAUAGCUCUGGAUUCAUUACAGAGUAUGAGUUUAUUAGUAGGAAGCGUGAACUAUUAGGUGAUCGAUUCGAUAGUUUUGUUCCAACAAACUCACAAGAGACUAUAUCAACCAAAGAUGACAAUACACUCAAUCAAUAUAACUAUGACAACAACUCUUAUAACACAUCAUCCUCAUCAUCAUAUGAUUACAACUCCAACAGCACUUACAACAACUCAUACAACACUUACAACAACUCGUACAACACUGACAGCACAUCAUCAUACCAAUACAAUCAAACACAAGAUGUACCAGAUAUAAGUUAUUACCAACCACCACAACCAACAACACAAGAGUACAAUUAUAAUUAUAACUAUACCAGUCAUGAGGUCCCAGUGGAAAAGGAUCAAUAUACCUUUGCCGUGGUGCCAGAUGUCCAGGUUGAGCAACAACCAAUCACUUCAUACAAUUACAACCAUGACCAGGUGGUGGCCACUACUUAUACAACCGCUGUUGUAGCGGAUGAUGAUUAUGAUGAUACAUACAUCCCACCUGUUAGGACUCCAUCUACAACAACUGUCAAGCCAUCGACAACAUCAAAGGUGAUUCAGGACAAGUUGACUGGAAAGAGUGCCGAGAAGAAGGAGAUCACAUAUCCACACAAGGUCAGAGACUCGUACGUGAUGUAUAAAGGUCAAAUCGAUGGAGUUGUAUUGUAUUAUAGGACAAAGGAGUUCUUGUUCCAAUCUGAUCUGAUUGGAAUGGACCAACUCGAUCAGGUGUCAACAACCAUACGUGCAAAGUUUGGAUUCACUCAGUACUCCCUUGUGGAGAUCGUUCCCCAGACCUAUGUAUCAAGUCCACCAGAGCACUACACCGUUUCAAACAGUUGGGAGGAGGGUCAGACCUACCACGACCCACUGUCCCUUGCCUCUGGCCAUUACAGGAUAGUUCCCAAGAACUUUUACAUGAUCAGGAAGUGGACUCCACAUCUCUUUGGUAUGACAGAGGAAGAGUACAAUCACCAUAACAUGUUCAAACUGCCACCACAACACUUUAUAACAUUGGCCAAGUCUGCUGCCCAGAAGUUCAUUGAUGAGCAGCCAGCGUUUGGACUGUUGGACAACACUUUUAACUUCUACAUGACAAUGGUGGACCUCGUGCCCAAGCACUUUAUCAAGCACAGAUCGACAGCAGUCGAUCCCAACGUCAAUGAAGCCAUCAAGAUCAAAAGCCUGCAUACUGAGGACAACAAGGACGACUUGAAUCGCAAGGUUAACUUCCUGAACCAGCUGCGUCACAAGCAGGGACAGAACAAGAUGUUUGGUGCAAGCAGUGUGCUCAAGGCUCGCGAGAUCCACAUCGAUCGCACGCUCGCCCAAUGCAUCCAGGAGAGGCAAUGCAUCGUCUGUGGUCAGGGCAGCUACAACAGCUUCCUGUGUUCAGUGCACAAUGAUCAAAAGUUGGUCGAUGACUAUCAUCAGCUCAAGGACAUCAUAUUCCCUGCAAAGAACAAGAGUGAUGAUGAUGUAGAGGCCGAGGAUGUUGAGCCAAAGCCAGAUAUUCGCGACUACAAGGACGAGCCAUCAUUCUGCUACGCCGAGACCAGCUCACCAGUGCUAAAGUUCCUGGCGGGCCCAAAGAACACAAGGUCAUUUGCCGAUGUGCUAAAGAGGAGAUACGAUGCCUGUGAGAGCCAGGCACCGUCAUCAUCAUCAUCGUCAUCAAGGUACUGA